AUGUCGGACACGGGCACACCGGAUAAAAACUCCCUGGUCUUACCGACGAGCUCGAAGUCGGUGACGGAGACGGUGAAUGGAUCCCAUCGGUUUGUAAUCCAAGGCUACAGCUUAGCAAAGGGCAUGGGAAUCGGAAAACACAUAGCCAGCGAGAAUUUCACCAUCGGAGGCUACCAAUGGGCGAUUUAUUUCUACCCUGACGGUAAGAACCCGGAGGAUAAUUCGACGUACGUGUCGGUUUUCAUUGCGCUUGCCAGUGAAGGUACGGAUGUCAGGGCGUUAUUUGAGCUGACUUUGGUGGAUCAGAGUGGGAAAGGCAAGCAUAAGGUCCAUAGCCAUUUCGACCGUUCCUUGGAGAGCGGGCCUUACACGCUGAAGUAUCGUGGUAGCAUGUGGUUAAGGAAUGGCAAUUUGCACAAAGUCCAUCAAGAUGAAGCUCUAUGUUCAUAUUGGUUGGAUGACAUACUGAGACGGCAGAGAAGCUUCCUAGAAGGAGUAGACGAUGAGAUUUUGUCAAUUGUCAAGUGGCCUCUUUACUCCAUCCCUGUGGGAUACAAGCGUUUCUUCAGAAGAGCUAUGCUUGAAACAUCCGAUUAUCUGAAGGAUGAUUGCUUGAAAAUUAAUUGUACCGUUGGAGUUGUGGUUUCUGGGAUAGACUGUUCAAGAUUACAUUCAAUUCAGGUUCCGGAUUCUGAUAUUGGAUCACAUUUUGGUAUGCUAUUGGAAAAUAUGGAAGGUUCAGAUGUUACUUUUGCUGUGGCUGGAGAGAAAUUUCAUGCUCAUAAGUUGGUAUUGGCUGCUCGAUCCUCUGUUUUUCGAUCUGAAUUUUUUGAUGGAAUGGAGGGUGAUAAGCAGGAGAUUGCUGUUACAGACAUGGAGCCCAAGGUUUUUAAGGCUAUGCUGCAUUUUAUGUACAGAGAUGCUCUUGUAGAUGAUGAGUUGGUAGCUUCUAGUUCUUCAAGUGCAUCGUCCAUAUUUGAUACCCUGACGGCAAAAUUGUUAGCAGCGGCUGAUAGGUAUGAUUUGGGAAGACUCAGACGGAUGUGUGAGUCUCAUCUCUGCAAGGAUAUAUCUGUGAACUCUGUUGCAAAAACUCUAGCUCUGGCAGACCAAUAUCAUGCCAUUGAAUUAAAAGCUGUUUGCCUUAGAUUUGCUGCUGAAAACCUUGCAGAGAACCACAAAUCUUUUAGAGAUGAUUUCAGUAAGCUCCGAAUGAAAGUUUCAGUGUGCGAGGAGUUUCUUUAUGUCCAAAUAGAUAGAUCUCACCGGUUUUUUGGUCAUGCUGCCAUGCAUGUCUUAGGCGAUGAGGUUGAGGCUGCUGCUGCUUCUUCUUUUGUGAAGAGGGCACUUCUAUCCCACUUCAGAAGAACUUAG